CACCCCAGAGGACGGAGCAGGAGGAUGGACCCUUAACUCCGCUGGAAGGACGGAAGGAAGGAGCAUUCAUCCCGACGAGCGCAGACGAGAGGGGCCGAGCAGAAGCCAACCGCCGCCUGUGCGCAACGAACGAGCCCAGUGCGCUGCAGCCGCGGACGGCAGCUGCGUGCCCGCGCGUCUCCAACACCACCACCGCCGCCACUGAUGGUCUCCGAGCGACACGUUUCACUCUCCACGGGCGGAUGGGUGACUUUCCGCGGUGCCUUGUGAGGAGGAGAUGAUGAAGAAUUUCAGCAGCAGUCCCCUUCACAGCAACAGCCCGACUCCCAACCACACCAGAGAGCGGAACAACAGAAAGUACAGCCUCCUCUCCGCCGCGCCGCUGCGCUUCCCCCUGCGAGGUUAUGGUUUCUGCAUGGCUGCGCUGUUCCUCUUCUGUUUCGGCUCCCUGUUUUACCAGCUGAACGGAGGACCCCCUGGAAUCCUGCUGGACAUCCGACAGUAUCUCGGGGUGUGUGGGAACAAUCUCUGGUCAGUCAAAAUGCCCAGCGGCAGGCUCUUAAUCCAUAAGGACAGGCUAGCGAGAGAGCUGGCGUCGUGCCCACAUGUCCACAAGCGGAGACGAGGUGAAUCCACAUAUCUUGAUGACCACGGACCCCCUGCUCCAAGAGUCCUCCCGUUCCCCAGCCAGGUGGUCUAUAACCGUGUGGGGAAGUGCGGCAGCCGGACAGUGGUCAUCUUACUGAGGUUACUGGCUGAGAAACACCAGUUCAACCUGGUCUCCUCCGACAUCCAUAAUAAAACACGCCUCACGAAACAUGAGCAGGUGGAUCUCAUGAAGAACAUCACCAAUAUCCCUCAGCCAUUCCUCUACACGCGGCAUGUUCACUUCCUCAACUUCACCAGGUUCAGGAUAGAGCAGCCUGUCUAUAUCAACAUAAUCCGGGAUCCCAUCAACCGGUUCCUCUCCAACUACUUCUUCCGUCGCUUCGGUGACUGGAGGGGCGAGCAGAACCACCUCAUCCGAACUCCAGGGAUGAAAGAUGACGAGAGAUACCUGGAUAUCAACGUGUGCAUUCUAGAGAAUUACCCCGAGUGCUCCAACCCCAGAGUUUUCUACAUCAUCCCCUACUUCUGUGGACAGCAUCCUCAAUGCAGGGAGCCGGGGGUAUGGGCUUUGGAAAGGGCCAAGCAGAAUGUGCUGGAGACCUACCUCCUUGUGGGGAUCCUGGAGGAGCUGGAGGAUGUUCUGCUCAUGCUGGAGAGGCUCUUACCUCACUACUUUACUGGCGUGCUCAACAUUUACAAGAGCCCAGACUACAAGAAGAUGGGGAACAUGACGGGCACGGUGCGUAAACACACACCCACCCUGGAGGCCCUGCAGGUGCUGUACCACCGCAUGCGCUACGAGUACGAGUUCUACAACUUCAUCCGCGACCAGUUCCACCUCAUGAAGAAAAAGAUUGGCCUCAAGUCCGUCUCCCAACCCCCUGCCUACUCACCCGCCUUCCUACGGGAGCUGGCCCUCCGAACCCCGGAGCCUCUGGAUGAAGACGAGGAGCUGGACGCGGACCUAGAGGAUGCCAACAGUUGGCUGGUUCAUCCCUAAGGGCCGUUUGAUAACCGGCAGAUGUAGCCAAAAAAAAAAGCUGAUUGGAUAGAAUUGGCAGGAGGCAGCCUGAAGGCAAAGGGGAGCGUUCCCUGUCUUCCAGUAAUCCCAAGAUAAGUGAGUUGUGUCAAGGGGUUUGCGGAUCCUGCCGCUCGUGUUUUUACGAGCUCUGUUUUCCAUCUGCUAUAGGCUCCUAUCACGGCAGGCUCAGCACUGAGGACUAUAGGGUUGAGUUAUUGGAAGGACAAAAUGCUCUAUUUAAAAAAUUGACCAAGGACAAUGGGAAAUAAUGUUAAGCUUAUUUUGCUUGACUCAAAUUUUGUUUGAAUUUUUUGGGGGGGCUGUUUACAUAUGAAAAACAUAACCUAUCGUCGCUGUUGUCUCCAGGAGAGAUUAGUGCAAGAUGUAAACAGACAAUGUGUCGGGGAAAUAUUCAAAAUGUCGGUCGCUGGGUUGUUUACUGUAUGAGUGGACUUCAGAGACAUUACCCAAGGAAGAGAAGAUCAUACUUUAUGAAAGGAAUAAUGUCCUAAAAGCUGGAAUGGAAAUUGUGUCCAUGAAUAAAAAGAAGUGCCAAAAGUCUUGUACUGUAUGUACAUUAGUCGUCCAGGACUGUUGUAAGUGCCAAACCUUGUUCUAGUUACUGCGUGAGAGGAACCUCUGUGCACAUCAGCUGUGUGACAUAGUCAAAGUCAGUUGUUGUAGUAUUGGUUCAUAACUUCUUUUUUUUUUUUUAAUUUGUAAAAUAUUAUUAGGUAUAAAUGAGGGUUAAACAGCAAGCACUCAAUUAUGAAUUCAGAGAAUUCCAAUGAAGUGUGCAUGAAUGAUUGAGUUUGACCAAACCAGCUGUGUAUUUUAGGAUAGAUUUAUUACUUGGGACUGGUCGUUUCUUAAGAAUAUAGGCUAAUAUAACACUAAAAAGCAUUUAGAGUUUACAUAGUUUAAUCCAAAGUUUAAAUGAUUGAGCUUGCCAAAUAGCGAUGUGUCUACCGCGAUGCAGUACGAAACUGUAUGGACAUACUGCACUUUGUUCUGAGGUGACCUUUCCUGAGAUUCUGCAGCAAAACGAGGGAUUUGGUCACAAAACUGGAUACUAAUUUGUCUUUAAUCUCAAAUUGGAUUAUGUAAGCGUUUCAUUUUGGUCUGUUUUCUCUCUCAGACUAGUAUCAUGAAAGUGUGUAAAGUGUUACCAAACCCAGCUAACGCCAAUUCCCAAUGCUCCAGCAGCUGCGCAGAGUGUAUGUCUUUCAUCACAUGCAGAGGAACAGUGACCAUAAGCUAACAUGUCGUCUCCAUAUUUCACUAUACAAUCCUCAUCUCCAUUGUCUGUAACUUUUUCAUUGUCCUGGUUUGUGUUCAGUGUUUCCUUUGUUUUGCCAGUUUAAUUUAUUAUUUUGUAUUCAUUUGCAUUCCAGAUAAGAUUCUCAGGAAGGAAGAAAAAUGUUUUAAUAACUUGUUGAUUUGUGUCUUUGGUUUCUGGCGGCUAUGAAAAUGUUUCUUGGCAUUUUGAUGGCGUCUAGAAUGGGUUCAUAUUUACAGCCAAAAACUGGUUAACAACAACUAAUGCAGUCGAUUCAUUUACAGCCUUCAAAAUAAAUGUCCUCUAACUAUUGCAGCUAAUGUCUCUGCUUUACUUGAAGGUGGUUUGACUGAAUGUGUAUGUAAAAAUGUGUAUUUGGCCGUUUCUCCCUGCAGCUUCAUCGUGAACCUUUUUAAAAUCUCCUGUGCUGCAUCACACGUCAGAUUGAUCGUCAACUACGAACAGAACAGCCCGCAGACCUUGAUCCAAGACCCCCUCUCUGCUUUUUUCCACUUGUACUGUAGCUCUCUCUUCCAUGCAGCAGCCUGUCCAUCACUCCACCCAACCUCAACUCAUCUUACGUCUGGCCACCCCGUGGCUAUCCAGUCUGGACAACGCUGCCUAUCCUCUGUAAAAAAAAAGAAGAAGGGAAAAGACGACUGUUAUUGUCAACAAACACAUUAUUCAUGUCCUUCGGAAAUGUAUGCAAACUGUAAGAGCCUGUUGUUUUGAAUGAUAUAUGCUGAGUUGACACAGUUGACACUUUCACAAUAAUAGUGUUGUCUAUGUCCGGGAA